UACCAAUCACAUAGCACUUUCCUCAAGCAACCUGGGCUCUUUAAAGCCCAGCGGAGGUGGGAGAAAGGAGCUUUUUCAGCUUUGCAGGUGGGUCGGGAUUUCUGCUGGAAAGCACCACGAGAAGGGAGGGCAUCUUUGAAGAAACCCAAAGUCAGUAACCCCAGCAAGAGAAGGCACUAGUGCAGGUUGCAUGAAGAAUUAAAGAUGGCAAAAAGUGAGGAUGGCAUACACAUCUUGCAGGGUCUAUUAGUCUUUGGCAAUGUGGUCAUUGGGAUGUGUGGCAUUGCCCUGACAGCAGAGUGCAUCUUCUUUGUGUCUGAUCCCCAUGGUCUCUACCCUCUGUUGGAAGCCACAGAAAACGAUGACAUCUACGCUGCUGCCUGGAUUGGCAUCUUUGUUGGCUUCGCACUCUUUGCUCUGUCUAUCCUUGGUAUCAUUGGAGUCAUUAAGUCCAAUAGGACCUUGCUGCUCGUGUAUAUUAUUCUGAUGCUGAUCACUUAUGCAUUUGAAAUGGCUUCUUGCAUCACAGCAGCAACUCACCGAGACUUUCUCACUCCAAAUCUCUUCCUAAAGCAAAUGUUGGAGAGGUAUCAGAAGUCAGAGACAGACAAUAACAAUGACAGUUGGAUGACUAAAAGGGUUACAGAGACAUGGGAUAAACUCAUGCUUCAGAACCAGUGCUGUGGGGUGCAGGGCCCCUCCGACUGGCAGGAGUACACGUCCGCCUUCCGCGACACACACAACGAUGCUGACUUCCCUUGGCCGCACAAUUGCUGUGUCCUGGAUGCCCGAGGGUCUCCCGUCAACCUCGACGGCUGCAAGCUGGGAGUCCAAGGCUACUAUAACAGCAACGGUUGUUAUGAUGUUAUUUCUGGGCCAAUGAACACACAUGCCUGGGGUGUUGCCUGGUUUGGUUUUGCCAUCCUCUGCUGGACUUUCUGUGUCCUCCUUGGUACCAUGUUCUACUGGAGCAGAAUUGAAUACUGAUGGCCCAGUGUCCUCAGCGCUGUCGUGAAGCACCAUGUGAAACUGCAUUUGUUCAUCUCCUGUUCCAUUCUCCUUGUGCCAUGGAGGAUUUCAAGCUUUCCCACUACCUCUCCCAUAUAUACUUUUGCCCCUUCAAAAACUUGACACACACAGCUGAUGACUACAGGAAAGAAUCUUCUUCUUGACCCCUCAUUCUGAAGCCUUCAUGCGUCCCAGCUGAGGCACAAUCCUUCUAUCGCUGUGCAAGCAGUCCUUGGAGCAUAAGGUGUGAUCUGAUUUGUUCUGUGAUGACAUCAGAAAAGAAAAUGUCCAUAUAUGCUUGCUUCAGAACAAUUUCUCUCUAAAACUAGGUUGAAUUAAAAUCCUAACACUAAAGGCUCCAGCAAGGGCUAUGUGAGCAAAACUGUAACCUCCUGUGACCAAUAAAGACAGAUGCUGGAAGGGAGAAGACUACAGACCUCUCUAAUAUAUUUUAUUGUUCGAUUCUGUUCCUGGUGUCUGUCAUGCCUUGCCUUAGAAUAAGGCAGAUUCUCUAAGAGUUUAAGUGUGUCAGUAGUAAAGAUAUGUCACAGAUAAAAAGCCUGUUGCUAGUCAAGCCCAAUAAAAGGCUAGCUCACUCCAGAGCAACAUGCUGCCUAUAUUCAAGCCUACCUCCUGUCACUGAUGAAAAUACUGCAUGUGCUCCUACCUUCAGAAGUGCCAGUCCAGAAAAAACUCUUCUUGCUAACAUGCGACUCCUUCAAAAAGCUGUUACAUACUUCAUAAAAGAUUUCACACAUCUACGGGCUAGAAUUUGUGCAGAAUAAAAGGGGUUCUGUGCUGCACUUGGCUUUGCAAUAGUGCCUGCCCCACACCCCUAGAUUACCAUGCUUCUUGCUUCUGCUACCUGCAUGUAUAUGAUCAUGUCCCCUGUGCAUUCCCCUCCCAAAUCACCACAUCAGGUGGGACAAACAGCCAGUAAUGGCAACCAGUAACUCUGUGAAAAAUGCAAGCAAGGAGCUAACUGAACCAAAUCCAGACCUUGCAUCAGCAGUUACAGUUCUUACUCAGUUCAAUACAGGCUGUUUACUUUGGCCCACACUGAUCUGGUGUCUUUCCUAGUCAAGGCUUCAGCAGUUUCAUGUGUCACGUGAAAUAUGCUCCUGUAUAAAGUAUUUUAAGGCAAAGCCUCCCUCCUAAGGCACACUGGUUCAGGUCCCAACACUUGCCAGCUACCCUGAUUCUUUGUUUUUGUAUAUUCACCAAAAUACUAAUUAAAAAGAAGUGGAAGUGA